ACCAUUCUAUCAUCAGAGAACUCGUCCUGUUGGCUAACUGCGGAUUAAUUAUCCUGCAAAAAGUCCACGGCAGGAGAAGAGAUCAACUCAAACCUGCUAGUAGCUAGCGUUUAAGAGGCGAAUGGAACAAUAGCAGCUCAUCGGUCACAAAUAAUCUGGCGUUCUGGGCGAUCCACAUGCUAGGCAGAUAGAUCGAUAUAGCUAGCGUUGCCGUUGCAGUUUCAAUUCGGGGACGACAUGGGGGGCGUGUGGUUUGGAGGGAAGGAGGGCACCAGCAGCAACGUGGUGUCCUUCCUCCUCGGCGCGGCUCUGCCCACAGCCCUUCUCUUCUUCGUCCUGGCGUCCGACCGGCUCGGCGAAGGCUUGUCCAUCAUCUCCUUGAGCUGGGGGAGCAAUGGAACAGUGCCGCCGGUUGGCCUGGCUCAGGAGGGUAACAUCACUCAAGAUCAAGAGGUCAGAUUCCCGGGCCUAGCUGAGCUACUCCCGAAAGUAGCCAUGGAGGACAGGACAGUGAUACUCACGUCGGUGAACAAGGCAUGGGCACAGCCUGGCUCACUCCUGGACCUCCACCUUGAGAGCUACAGGAACGGCAAGGACAUAGAGCACCUCCUCAACCACGUCCUCGUGGUCACCCUCGACCACGACGGGUUCACACGCUGCAGGGCCGUCCACCCGCACUGCUACCUCCUCGAGGUGCAAUCCGCAAACCUAAGCUCGGCCAACCGGUUCAUGACCAAGGAAUACCUGGAGCUGGUUUGGACCAAGAUCUCUUUCCAGCAGCGCAUCUUGGAGCUCGGCUACAACUUCUUGUUCACGGACACCGAUAUACUAUGGUUUCGCAAUCCGUUCCGGCACAUCACCGUCUACGCCGACAUGAGCUGCUCGACCGAUUACUUCAAGGCUGAAUCUGCUCCCCUGGACAACACGCUCAACACUGGGUUCUACCACAUGAAGUCUUCGAAUAGGAGCAUCGAGAUGAUCAAGUACUGGCGGGCGGCAAGGGCAAGGUUCCCUGGCAAUAACGACCAGGAGGUGUUCAGCAAGAUCAAGAACGAGCUUGUCAGUGAGCUCCAGGCAAGGAUCGAGCCGCUCGAGACUGUGUACUUCAGUGGAUUCUGCGAGUACCACAAUAACCUAGACAAGGUAUGUACCAUGCACGCGAACUGCUGCAUCGGGUUGGAGAACAAGGUGCAUGACCUGAAAGAUAUAGCCACGUAUUGGAAGAAUUACACGAAUCUGACGCCCGAGGAGAGGAAGAUGGGGAGUUUCAAAUGGACGUCCCCGGCCAGGUGCUGGAAGACGAUAGGAUGGCACGCAUAAACUCUGAGACGCAUUAGAAAGCGGGAAUUUCAAGUGGCCAAUUCGAUGGCAGCAUACUUGAACUAUGAGGUAUGAAACUUUCACACUUGCAUUGGAUUUUGUGAGAAUGCAACUGAGGUACAAAGCACCGGGAAAAAAGAGAUGUAACCGCAUGUAUAAGCCACUGAUUGUAUUAUCCCUUUCCAUUGAAAUGGUUUUGAGACUCCUCUCAUUCUUGCUCAUGCCUGAGUUGCAAUGACACGUUGCGAAUUCAGAGCGAAGCCUCUCUUGCAGUUCAUUGACCAUGUGACUGCUUGUUGUUCCAUCGUUGGUGAUCUGCUCUUUAUUCGCAUGCAGUGAUCAACUUGCUUGAUCAUAGCAUGUGUGGAAGUGUUGCACUCGUAGUGCUGUCGUAGUGUGCUUCAAGAGUUCAAGUCCGUUUGUGUAGUCCAUGAAUGCAUGCAUGCUCCAUAGACCAGGACUCCAGGCUGUUGGACAGGAUGGAACUGUUCCAUCCUGUGG